CGCUGUACGAGCGGAACCAGGCGGACGUGUCCGAAGCGAAGUCGGGACGGACGGACCUGAUUUUCCUCAUCCGGUUUCGGCACUGCUGCCUGCUCCGAAACCAGCGCUGCGUCCUGGCCUACCUGUACGACCGGUUGCUGCGGAUCCGAGCGCUAAGGUGGGAGUACGGCAGCGUCCUGCCAAACACCAUCCAGUUUCACAUGUCAGCUGAGGAAGUGGAGUGGUUCAAUCGGUACAAAAAGUCUCUGGCGACGUACAUGAGGUCAGUAGGAGGAGAGGAGGGGCUGGACCUUACACAGGACAUAAAACCUCCUAAAAGCCUGUACAUUGAGGUGCGGUGUUUAAGAGACUAUGGGGAAUUUGAAAUCGAUGAUGGUACCACUGUCCUGUUGAAGAAGAAUAGCCAGCACUUUCUACCCCGCUGGAAAUGCGAGCAGUUAAUCAGACAAGGAGUCCUGGAGCACAUUAUGUUAUAAGCACGCAGGACAGAAGGGACACCUUUGCUUGGCGGCCUGCCCACAACAGAGACUGAACUCUGGUGUGUGCAAGACUUCAGACACCUCAGAAUUUCUGCAGCCACUCCUUUUAACGGCAUUUGAUACCUGACACGAAGACCAGCCCUGCGUUUAGAAAGUAUGCAAACCACAUUGGCCAGCUCUUCCAAGACCAAAGGGU